GGAGCAUAUUUGUUCAAAACCUUAGAAUAUCCAUACAUUUGUUCUCACACUAAUGCUAAAGGAGUAUAUUUGUAGUUUUUUCUAUAUAUUCCCUAAUAAAGAUUAGUUUUUAUUGGAACUGAAACUUUAGAAGUAUGGAACUGGUAUUAAUAAAGAGUAGUUGACAGGUAAACCAGAUUCAACCCAUAUCUACUGGUUCUGCGUUUCGUCUCAAGCUGAAGAAAGAUGGGGAAAGCCCAAGCCUUCAAACAACAAUUCACACUUGGUUUAUUCCUCUCUCUAAUAAUUAUUUCCCCAGUUUUAGUAAGUCAUAUUUGAUUGUUAAUCCCCCCCUAAUCACCUAAUCAACUACAGAUGAACGGCUGCAAGAAUCGCAAGAUAUGAUCGCCAAAUAUCCUGAUCGUUUGCCUGUGGUAGUUGAAAGAUAUUCAAAAACUGAUCUCCCUGAGAUGGAGAAAAAGAAAUACUUGGUACCCCGAGACAUGCCUGUCGGACAGUUUAUCCAUAUUUUGAGUGCCCGACUCCAUCUGGCCCCUGGGAAGGCUCUGUUUGUAUUUGUCGAGAACACCCUGCCUCAAACAUCUGCAUUAAUGGAGUCUGUGUAUGAAUCGUUUAAGGAUGAAGAUGGGUUCUUGUACAUGUGCUACAGCAGCGAGAAAACCUUUGGUGCCUUAACUCCUCUGUAUUUUACAUAACAUAGUUAUGAUGAGUGGACAGACCGUGUUUACUUUCAUCUGUACAUUUUCUUAAGUUGUGUGCAUAUUUUUAAUAUAAUAAUAUUCCACUCAUCUCAUAUUCAUCUGUACAUUUUCUUAAAUAGUGUGUGCUAUGCCAAAUUUGUCCAUUUCUUGGUGCUCAAAGUUAUUUGUACUAAUUCAAUAUCAAUCAUACAAUUCUUCUUUUCCUCAAUAGCAAUGCCAAACUUUC